AUGGUUCCUAAAAGAGAAAUCAAGUUGUGCUGUAUUUGUAGGUGCAAAGAGGAGAAAUAUGAUUAUGAAUAUUUGCCCACGACAUCUGUUAUCAUAGCCUUUUAUAAUGAAGCCUGGUCAACACUCCUUCGGACGGUUUACAGUGUUCUCGAGACGUCCCCAGACAUCCUGGUGGAAGAAGUUAUCCUGGUAGAUGACUACAGUGACAAAGAGCACCUGAAGGAGCGCCUGGCUGAGGAGCUGUCAGCCCUGCCCAAGGUGCGCCUGAUCCGCGCCAGCAAGAGGGAGGGCCUGGUGCGAGCCCGGCUGCUGGGGGCUUCUGCGGCCAGGGGCGAUGUGCUGACCUUCCUGGACUGUCACUGUGAGUGCCACGAGGGGUGGCUGGAGCCACUGCUGCAGAGGAUCCACGAGAAGGCGUCAGCAGUGGUGUGCCCCGUGAUCGAUGUCAUCGACUGGAACACCUUCGAGUACUUGGGCAACUCUGGGGAGCCCCAGGUUGGCGGCUUCGAUUGGCGGCUGGUGUUCACGUGGCACGUGGUCCCCGAGCGGGAUAGGUUGCAGAUGAAGUCCCCCAUCGAUGUCAUCAGGUCUCCAACGAUGGCCGGUGGGCUGUUUGCUGUGAAUAAGAAAUAUUUUGAAUAUCUGGGGUCUUAUGACACAGGAAUGGAAGUUUGGGGAGGAGAAAACCUUGAAUUCUCCUUUAGGAUCUGGCAGUGUGGUGGGACUUUGGAAACACACCCGUGCUCCCACGUUGGCCACGUGUUCCCCAAGCAAGCUCCCUACUCCCGCAGCAAGGCCCUGGCCAACAGCGUUCGUGCAGCUGAAGUGUGGAUGGAUGAGUUCAAAGAGCUCUACUACCACCGCAACCCCCGAGCACGCCUGGAGCCCUAUGGGGAUGUGACGGAGAGGAGGCAGCUCCGGGCCAAGCUCCACUGUAAGGACUUCCGGUGGUUCCUGGAGACUGUGUAUCCAGAACUGCACGUGCCGGAGGACAGACCUGGCUUCUUCGGGAUGCUCCAGAACAAAGGACUGAAGGAAUACUGUUUUGACUAUAACCCUCCCGAUGAAAACCAGGUUGCAGGACAGCAGGUCAUUCUGUAUGCCUGCCAUGGGAUGGGCCAGAACCAGUUUUUCGAGUACACAUCCCAGAAGGAAAUCCGCUAUAACACCCGCCAGCCCGAGGCCUGUGUAGCUGUGGAAGCAGGAACAGACAUUCUCAUCAUGCAUCUGUGUGAAGAUACUGCUCCAGAGGAUCAGAAGUUCCUCCUGAAAGAGGAUGGUUCUUUAGUUCACGAACAGUCCAAGAAAUGUGUCCAGGCUGUGAGGAAGGAGGUCAGCAACAGUUUCAUCCCGCUUUUACGAGACUGCACCAGCUCAGAUCAUCAGAAAUGGUUCUUCCAGGAACGUGUGCCAUAGAGCCCGCUAUGCGGAAGGGGCCCUCAACCCCGAUGGCCCAUGGACUCUUUGCCCAGAAGAGGCCUAGCAAACGCAGGGACCAGAGCCCUCCACAGACUUGGCAGCUCCACUUUUGUAAGGAAACCAUUUUGCCUUUUGUGAAUAUCUUGUUGAAUUUUGUAAGAAAAAUGUGAAUGAACUUUGUACUGAUUUUGAAAACUUUAAAAAUGUUCCAAAAUGCCUUAUUUUCUGAGGAUAACCAUAAGAUUUUAACUCUUUGUAUUUGGAAAAUUGAAACCUUAUGAUAAUAUUUUUCUAUUAAGAUGUAUAUUCUACAGCUGUCGCUUUUAUUCUUACCAGCAAACACGGUAAAUAUUCCCUUUUGGUCCUUACGCGGGUUCCCAGAUGAGAAGAUCCUUGCAGUGUAUUUUGCACAAACUGGUAAUACCCCAAAUGUUGGGCUGGAGUUUUCCCAUUGUGGCAUGACAGAUGCUAGGAACAUUUCAUUUGUUCCUUCAGGUCGUUAAAAUGUACUUAAUAAAGAACCCAUCUUUCUAGCUGGUUGUAGUGACGCAUGCCUGUACUCUGGGUAUAGAUGCAAGAGAAUCGUGAAUUUGAGGCCAGCCUGGAACAUAGUGAGAUCUUGCCUCAGAAAAACAAAAAGAAGAUGCAUUUUGGUUAUGUGUUGGUGUUACCGUCAUAGUCAGACUUUAAUAUUCACAUAUGCCUGAGAGUGGACUUCUAACAAUACCUAGCAGGAGGGUGGCUGGUUGCUUUUAGUAAUUACCAUCAUAACUUUCAAACAUGUUCCUAUCAUUUUUACGAUGUGGUAGUGUCAGGGAGAAAUUUAAUUUUCUAUGUGAAAUUCAUUUUUCAAAUUUGUUCAUUAAUAUUUGGUUAUUUAAUUUUUCAUUGUUGGAUUUUGUGUAGCAGCAGCUGGUACAGAAGUUUCUCUCAGUAAUUCUGGUUUCAGAAUGAUCCCAAAUCAUCUCAGAUCUUGUCAACUGGAUAAAGUUAACAUGAAUGAUUAAAAAAGAAUCAAUGAGCACAUGGGCUGCAGGUCUUUGCUUUUGAACCCAUUGGAUGUGAGAGAAUGAAGAUACAUGUGUAAUUGACUAAAAAACUUCUUUUGUCUCAGGCGCUUUACCAUACAUAUUCUCCCCUCUGAAAGAACCAGGUAGGGAUCAGGUUAGCAAUUACCUGCAAAAAUCUCCAACUGGCCUGGCUUGGUCCACCUUAUAUAUCUUAACUACUCUGCACCUCAGUCUUACCU